UCUGCAUAUUAUACAAAAUUAAUAAAAAUGUAUCAUUAUCAUUGUUUACUUUUAAUUAGUAGUAUUCUUAUUUUAACAGUGCGUAUACAAUCUCAAGAUUCCAAAGGUCCAGGAAUAUCGUCAUGUUGUUUUAUUGGUGGACGUACUGAUGCCGAUUGUGGCCUCUCGAAAGUCUUAAUUACAGACAUACCAGGGAAGUGCACGUCUGUAAUUUACUCUGCAGUUUACAUGGAUUUAAAUUACAAUGCUACUGAUACCAGUUCGACAAACGAUUUUACACUUUUAGACGAUAUGUUGAAUAGUGGUAAGCGUGUAAUAAUAUACUAUCUACACGAGAGUCAAGAACAAUGGGCUACAGUGCUUGCUUGUAAUUCGUCUAAUGAAGGAAACAACUCGUUCAAUGAAACGAAAGCCUUAACGGAAUUUUUUGAAAAACAUCCAAAGAUUGCUGGUAUUAUACUUACAGGUUUACAGUAUGAAACUGGUUCCUUUGAAAUUCCGGGAUUUUCACAAAAAUUAAAAAAUUAUCUUCAGUUGACGAAACAGGCUUUUCCAGAAUUAGCGGUUGGCCUUUAUUUACGCGGAAACCAUUUAAUAGAUCAGUAUAUCAACCCAAAGUUUGAAUGGUUGAAUAUCAGCGAAAUUGACUCUGCUAUGGAUUUUUACGUUGUUUCUCUAGAAUUUUUUAACGACUGCUAUGAUGACCUAAGAAUUACUGGAACAGUUCCAAUGAAUGGAAAUACGAAUUAUACAUUGGAUAAAUUAAAAAAUAUCUUACAGAAAGCAAAUUUCCCAAAAGAAAAAAUAUAUUUUAAAUUUAAAACAAAUCCAAUAUCAUCUAAUGAUACACUUACUUUUUGUGAGGUGACUAAUGAACAGAUGUGUCUACAUCCAGAAGUAGCAUGUAAUUGGUGUGCAGAUACUCAAUCGUCAUAUAAUGAAAAAGGUCUAUAUUCGGCAAAUAAUGGAGCUGGAUUUAUGGUUCGUUAUAUUGAUUAUGAUGAUCCUGAUAAUUGUUGUCAAUGUGCAGCCCCUUACCCUGCGUUCAACGCUAUUCUAGAUGGUUUUAAUAAAGUUAAAACACAAAACUGUGAUUUAUUAAAUAGAAAUUAAAAAGUAGUAAGUCAAAUAAUUAAAAUAAAUGUACGUUAUUAUAUCACAGUUACGCACUUUAAACAUUUAUUCAUAAUUAAUUUAAGUUUAGAA